AUGGAGCCACAAAAGAAUCACAAUAUUGCUUUAAGUGAAAGUACAAUAUUAAGAGCAUGUGCCUCGACGAGUAAUGAAGCGGAGAGAUUACGAAACCUCCAGGAAGAUAAACAUUCUAAAUUAACAAUUGGAGCAUUUUUCGAUUUUAUGAGAACUGCAUAUCAAGUUAAUGAUAGUUGUGAAGGUCUGGCUACGAUAUUGAGUGCUAACAGUGAAAUCGACUGGCAUGAAUUAGCAAAAAUUAAUUUAGACCUUGAAACGCGUGAGGGUAGUAGAGCAAAUAAUAUCAGCUGUCAUACUAGUACUGACAAACAGCAAAAUGAGAAUGAUGAUCCUAUAAAGGUGUUACUGACACAAAUGAGUAAUAAAGAAUCAAAUUCUUGUACAUCAGAAAGCACGAUAAGUUCACAAUCUUCUGUGACGUCUUGUAAUAGCAUUAUUUCUAACACAUGUAAUAAUGGUCCUGUGAAAGAAUCUACUAGCGUGGACAAUUCUUCUAAUAAAUGUUUAGAAACAGAAGAUAAUAUUAAAGAAAAUCAGUUAUCAGGCAGUCGAGUCCAGAAUGAAAAGGGGAAAGUAUUACAGACUAAAGAACAUUUGGAAGAGAAUGAAUGUGGUUUGGCGAAAGUCAUGAAGGAAAAUUUAAGAGAUAUUUUGCAUGAAGGAUUACUGGACUCCGUUUUGCCAUAUAUGCUGCCAAAAUCUGCCCUAUCGCAACCUGUUAUUAAGAAGUCCACUGCUGUUGCGGAUGUUAAGAAAAGUUCUUCUUUGAAUAAUGUAAUUGAAAGCAAAGCCUCAGUUCAUAAAGAAAGAGACAAGGAGAAAAAUAAAACAAACAAGAAAUCAUUGGAGAAUGAAGUGGAAAUUCAUGUUUGCGAUGAAGAUAAAAAUAUCAGAAAAAACUUUCGAUGCCCACAAAAGCUUCUUAUACAAAAAAUGUGUUAUUUCGCUGAUGUAACAGCAGGACAGAAACUCGAUGAGAUAGACAUAUCGGUGCACUGUGAUGUGGUUAUUUUUGAUUGGCUGAUGAGAUGGGUAAAGAAGGAUAUCAUAAAAAAGUCAGAAUGGCCAGUUUUAGAGGCAAAUAACGUUAUUCCAAUUAUGGUGUCCGCUUGCUUUUUACAAAUGGAACCGCUUUUGGAAAAUUGUCUGCAGUAUUGUCACGACAAUAUGUCAGAUAUCUUAAAAACAUCAACAAUUUUAACAUGUCUAGAUGAUAAUCUUCUUACAAGAUUGGCCGAAUUAUUUACCAAUGAAGAUGUUGAAAUGUUAAAAGAUAAAAAAGAUAAAAUUCAGAGUCGUUUGUUCUAUGUGGAAAAUGCGGCAAGAAUGUUAUACAAUCAAUUUCCGAUUUUGUGCCUUGCGUUCCAAGUGCAAUGAAAAUUGGUAAUAAGGGAACUAUUCACAGUAAACAUGUCAGAGAUUUGACUUGGACACUGAAUGACUAUGUCAUUGCUUUGCGAUCCGAGUUGCGCUCCUGGCGCAAAGUGUAUUGGAG